UUCCAACAUGGCGGCAUUAGGCAUGGCGGUAAAUUCGGGUGCCCGUUUGUGGGGCCCAUUUAAAGCAUUAUAUGAUGUAGUCGAUGCCGCCAUCUACAAGCGCCGACCGAACUCUAUUCAUGAUCUUGAACUGGCAUUACGGAAGCAUAAACCAGACUUUAUUUCACUUCUCAAAACACCAGCCAAGAACAACCUCCAUCGUGAAGCUGUCAAGAAGUCGACGUCAGAGGGAAUCCCUGUCCAGGGAGAACAGAGGAGUCAGACCUUCUCCCAGCAGUUUGUGACAGAGACUCUCAUCCUUAGUGACUUGUUCCAGCUGAAUGAACUAGCUGCCAUGGAGCUUCUUAUGGCUGGUGAGAACCAGCUGCCCAACUACCCUGGCCUGACUCGGGGUCUGGUGGCGGUCAUCCUUUACUAUGAUGGACGUAGGAGCCUGGUCAACUCUCUCCGCAUACUGCUCCAGUCUCGAGAAGGCCGGACAUGGACACUGGGCAUGCCCUCCGACUUAGCUCACCUGAUACAGACCUUCACCUCACAGUUGGUGGAGGAGGGACUUGUCAACAAAAUACUAGAUUUGAUCCGGUCCAUUGAUGAAGUAACUGAAAUGGACAAGCUUCAGAAGGACAGAGCACUUGGCCCUCCCAAACACAGAAAACAGGUUGUGGAACUGUUCCGAGAGAUCAAGCUGUCACUGGCUGAGUGUCUCUUCUGUCUGGCAUGUCAGCAGCCUCUCAGUAAGGGCGACACCUUGAGGCUGAUUGCUCACCUAAAGGAAGACAACUCUGUGACUGGAGAUGACAAACUAGAGCCGGUGACCCUGUGUCUACUGCUGACUCUCCUGUACUGCUUCGAUGUGAGGAUCCUGGAACAGGAGGAUGCCGCAGAUAUUGCCCAGAGAUUGCCGGUUAUCUCUGACCCGAGUUACUUGAUAGAGGUCCACAGGGAGAUGGUGGCUGUCCCUGCGUGGGCCAACACAGGACUGAAGGCCUCUGUGCAGUUCGCUUGGGCCAUGCUGCUGCGACAACUCUCACAGUACCCACUAGCUGGAGGUGUGACUGAACCAUUUGAGGAUGACGAGGCACUCAUGGACCAGGCUAUCGAGGGCAAUGUCUUCAGCUUCCUGCGCAGCUCUGUUGCCGCGAUGUCCGAGUUCCACCAAGAUGAAUUCUACUGCCGCCGUUUGCACUGCCUGGUGACAGAUCUCAUCUACCACAUGCCUCUCAAGGUGAAAGAGCUACGUAACCGUGGUGAUGAGACAGCUCGUAUCAUCAUGGCGUACCAGGUGGAGGGUCAGGAAGCGCCGCCACAGAGGCGGGACCUUGAACACAUGUUUGGCCUGAUCACUGAGCUGUACAGGAAGGACCCCAUGAAUCUAGAGCUGUCCCUGGAGUACUGGUGUCCUGCCGAGUCGGCUGGGGGGCAGGAAUCCUUCUACAACUACCGACCACCCCCCAGACAGGUUGCCCUGUUCAAGUUUAUCCGUGGUGCUGGAGACCUGCUGCCGGCCCCACUGUAUAUUCCCUACAUCAACAUGCUGGCCGGGCUGGCUGCCGGGCCCCAGGCAGCACAACACUGCUUCAAUCUCCUCAAGGCCAACGGGAGCAACUCAGGUGGGUCAUCCAGCAUGGUGUCCUGGGACCACAUCUUUGUCUCCAUGAACCAGUACUAUGCCAGUCUCAGGAGGGAGACUCAGAGCUCCAUAGACUCCAACAUGUACAGAGCGCCACCAGCAAGGGCCAUAACUCCUCAUGAACUGGAAGGAAUUCUGUCAGUUCUACAGUUGAUCCGAUGUGUAGCUAAUGAGAAUGAGAACUGUCGUGGAGCGUUGUUCGAGAACCAGCAGUGGGGAGCCAUCAUGAUGAUGUUUGGUCUGGUGGGGUGCAGCAUCCCCUCCAAGAUGAAGGCUGAACUGCUCCUCACCCUUGCCGCCAUGGCCAAGACUCCAGCCAUUGCAGCCAGCAUCUGGCAGACUCUGGAAGUGGCACAGGUUUUGCCGACCACGGCCACCAGUGCUGAACAAAGAGGAGGCAUCCAGAUUGAACUGGAGGAGAUUGAGAGCCGUUGUGAAGAGUACCCGAUGACAAUUGCUUUCCUUGAGUUGAUUGAUCGUCUGACAGACAUACCUAUCCCAGCAGGCCUUGGGGCAGGAUAUCGUGCCCCGGGAUUUGAACCCUACCUGGACUUCAUCAUCACCAGCGUGUUCCUGAGGUUCAACUCCAGGGCUUACAAGGACAGUGCUGAGAAGUGGCAGGUGUCGGCGAGUGCGCUGGAGAUCCUGUGUAAGCUGCUGCAGGACCACGAGAUCCAUGAGGAGGACUUCCGCGAAACUCUGGUGGACAUUCAGGGGGGCGGGAUUGUCUCCGCCAACAAGCCCCCCGGUCACACGCUGCUACUGCACAUGCUCAAUGACUCCGGACUUCUCAAGAUGGUUCUGCGAGUGCUGGAUGAGACGGUGUCAAUGUUUGAGCAGUACUCCAAAGUACCUGGCUUGGAAUACCUAGAAAAGACAGCCCUGCUGUGUUUGAGGAUGAUAGAGACGUCCCUGGAGAAGGAGGCACAGUUUGAGAUGAUGAUCCGAGAGACUGGGUCGUCCAUCAUGGUGGCAGCCAUGGACAAACUGUUGCUCAGCAUCAAUCCCCGCAGUGGCAAGGCAGAUCAUCUGGUUAAUGUCGCCAAGUUUGUGAGCCUGAACAGCUUCCUGCCCCACCAGUGCCUGUCUGCCGUCCGGGUCCUGUACCUGGUGUGUCAGGCCGCGCCCAUCCAGGCCGACCUCGUCGCUCUCUUCACUGCAGAUGAGGCGGAGAGCACGCGUCUGCUGCAGGGGAUUGUUGAAUGUAUCGAGAUGGAUGACCGGGAGGUGAAGCCUGAAGAGGCGCAGGAGGAGAACGAGGAUACAAAGGAAGAGAUCAGCCUGUCCCAGGUGAGGAAUGCAUCUCGCCAGCACAUCAUACAGCUGAUGUUGCACGCCCUGGACCAACCAUCACCGAAUCUUGCCCACUGGAUGCUGGGCUUUGAAGUCAGGAAACCUGUGUCUAAAACUAACCUUCAAGAUCCUGGUAUUCUUGGGUCUGCACGUACCUGCCUUCAUUCUGUGCUGGCAUUCCUGGGUCAGGGUGUUGGAGCCCGCAGUGGACCGGUCUGUCUGAUGGAGGCGCCGCGCCUGGCCGAACUCGGAUACAAUCUCAUCUACAUACUGUGUUCCAACAAAGACACAUCAGCGCCAACUCUGAGAUAUCUUCGAACCACGCACAACUUUCUGUAUAACCAGCUGCAGCAUCUGCCAUUCAGGGAAGAAGAAUAUGGUCAACCAGUGAUAAGUCACCAGUCCUGGCUGCUCAAGACGAUAGCUAUCGAGUUGCGAAUCACGUCCCUGAAUCGUCAGCGCUCACAUACUCAACGUCUCCUUCGUCUUCUGCUGGCCGACACUGACGACGAACAGACAUAUGUCAUGCAGCCUGUGGGUACAGAUGAGGGAGACUUGUCCACCUGGGACCGGGACCCUAGCUCCUUCCUUGGGGGACAAAACAGGUCACUGGCUGUACAAGCCCAGCAGACACGGCGUAAGCUGCUUUGUAUCUUGGACUCCAUCAGUUUUGCUCAGCAGUUUCCUGUGGGACUACAGCUGGACUUCUUUGACCCGAAGCUGAUAGAGCAGGUGAUCACAAGCUGUGAGACCAAGACCAAGACGGGGGUGGUGGUGUGUGACGUCCGCAACCUGCGCCGGAUCCUCAUCAACGAACUCAACAAUCAGCAGGGCACCAUGAUGGCUGGUCAGAGGCCUCUCAUUCAAGAGGAGAUCCAGAACAUCCUGAGCACAGUGGUAGCCAGGAACUCUGUGAGGGAAAGUCUGUAUGUCAAGCGCCAGUCCUUUGAGGCAUGGCGACAGGUGACAGAGGUCCUGUUGACGGCCUGUCCUGAGGAUGUGCUCAUGGGGGAGGUCAGACAGAUGGUCAUCUUUGAGGUGCUGCAGGACCUGCUGGUCAAGGUGGCUGAUGACGAAGCUAUGCCUGAAUCAACUGGCCCUGUAGCUGGGGUCAUUCUCACACUGAUGGCCAAUCUGCGUCAGUGUUUCUUGUCUGACAGUGCACCCUCCACCUCUGCUGCUGCGAGGAACACAACGCAGUAUGUGUCCAUGCUGGACCGGUCCGUGUUGCCGUCUGCUGGCAGUGCUGUGGGGUCAAGGACACUCUUCGCCUCCUCCCUGCAGAUGGUGCUGAAGGGCGUCCUGGACUACAUCCUGCGAGCCGGUGGUGGAGCCCAGCGAGUGAGGGCCAACUUGUAUGGAGCCCUGCUGUACUACCUACAGAUAGCACAGAAACCUGCAGCCGUCCCUCAGCCUAAAGGCAAGGAGAGCGAGGGAAUGUCUCGAGUUCUGGGCACAAAGGAGACGGAGUAUGAGCAGCUGUCUAAAGAGAACCUGUCCACCAUCUUGUCGUAUGGGGACAGUCUGAUGGAGACGGUCUGCCGGGAUGCCUGUGAUGGACAUGAUAUUGGAAGGAUGCUGGCCCUCAGUGUGCUGGACACGGUCAUGUCUAUUGACCACUACCAACAGUGGCUCUCCUUUCUCAGUAAGAAGGGAUACCUCCAGCACCUGGUGGACUCAUUACUCACAGAGGACGCAGAUUUGCAGAAAGUGCUGGCGCCCAGCCCGGAACAGCUGCGAUCACUCUACAUAUACCAGUCCAAGAUGAGCCUACUCACUCGUGUGGGAGAGACACUAGAAGGGGCUCACACGCUGCUGAGAUGCGGGAUACUUCAGAAGCUGUCAGCCUGUGCCUUCUUCGACCUCCGACCUGAGUCAGAGAGCCCAGAGAAGGAGUUGAUAGAGGAUAUGUCUGGAGAUGAGUUUAUCCCAAGUCCGAUGGCGAGGUAUCGCAUCCUGCUGUUUGCGGCCCUCAACCUGUGUCUGGCUAUUCUCACAUCCCUCGGGCUGGAGAACAAGGAUGUGGCAGCUCAGGUGAUGUUGUUCAUCAUCUCCCACAGCGACGUCUUCAACACCAUCGUACGCAGCAGGAAGCCCCUCCUGAGUCUGUCUACCAUGCGAGAGCUGGCUCUCACCACCUGUGUCAUCUCCAGGGCCAAUUUCCACACUGACCUGGGUUCGGAGUACCUGGACAGCGAGACAGCUCUGAUCGAGUUCCGCGGACACCGCUCCUGCAUCCAGAGACAGAUGCUGUCUCUCCUGUCUCACUACAGCUUCUCUCCACGCUUCAGCAAGCAGCUGACCAACCUCAGCAGCCAGACAUAUCAAGGGGGCCAGGGCAUCGCAGCCAAGGUGUCGCUAGCAUACCAGGAGGUCACGGCUAAUGUGGUGGCCUACUGCCGCUCCCUUCUCACAGAGUCGGGGCCCACAACUCAGUACAGCCGGAUCCUGUUCAGCCCUGGUCUGGAGGAAGGAAAUGCUCGGGACCUACAGGACGCAGAUGAGUUCUCCAUAUCCAGUUUUGGCGGGAGCCAGAGCCUGAGCCUGGGGGUGAUAGUGUAUCUGCUGAAGCAGUGUGCGGGACAGUUCCUGGUGGUGUACGACAGUCACAGGCAGCACGCCCAGAAACUCAAACAUCUACAGGACCUCAGCUCCGAGGACCUCAAACAGUUUUCGGGUGCGAGUGGGACGGAGAAGAUGUCUUCCCAGCAGCGCCAUGAGCUGGCCCGCAGUAGAUUGACGGACAUCAUCACACAGAAGGCCAAGGAGUUGCAGCACCAUGCGUAUGUUGUAGAGAAUUGUCUGUUCAUCAUCUGGCGUCACCUGGAAUACUACCUGCUACACUGCAUCCCAGUGGACCAGCAACCUCUAGCCUACCAGGCACACAUGCGUCGACACAACCAGAUACGUAGACUUCAGGACCUGACUGGUGUCCGUGGUGUCCCUCCUGCAGAACCUGAGAUCAUGAUCAAACCGGAGUACGAACAACUUUCUCACGGUGUCACCAGAGAUGACCUUGACCUUCUCAAGCAAACAGCGCCCUCUGUCAUCAGCGAGUCACUGCUGAAGAAAGUGCAAGAGAUAAACCAGUGCUAUGUGAAAGAUCGCAGUCACUACAGUUUCACAGAGGCAGUGAUACGAAGAAUCAAACGUCUGCUUCGACUCCAUACUGGCAGCUGAAACUGCUGCAACAGAGAGAUCACUGUUACUCUCCUUUCAUGUGGAUCUUCACAAAACUGACUUUGACAGGCUUCUAAAAAAAUGACUUGUGUGAAUAUCUAAAGUAAGGAACUGGUGGAACUUGGAUUGUAAUAAAUAAAGAAGAUUGCUGUCAUGACAUCAUGUCCGAGGACCAGUGGAUGCAAACCUUACUUCACUGUCUCCAGAGAACCAGGGUGUACAGUACGGACUGAAGACCACCAAGUCGACCAACAUCAUCUGCAUGCUCACCAAUCAUAAAAGGGACCAUUGCCUUUCAUGCCGUGGUUAUCGGCAAGUGUUAGGAUGGGUUCUUCUAAUUGUCAUUGUGGAAAACUAUUGUGGACAUACUGUGUGAUGUAAUGACAUGUUUUUGCUGUACCAAUGUGCAAUACAGAACACCUGCAGGGGAUGCAUGGUGUUGAGAUCCAGCAUGAGUCUGUGUAUGGUCAUCUUCCUGAGGCAAGGGAAUUAACUGACUAAAAGUCCAGUUUCCAUCCUUGCCGAACUUGGCUGAAAUUUCUGGGCUCGAUCGGAGCGCCACCAGUGGCUAUUACAAGUUAUGUCUUUUCUAUGCCCCUCCCAUUGACCAAUCAGAUUCCACCUCUCAUAUCACUUACAUUGGCUUAAGACAAAAUGGCGGCGCCCAGUCAAGUCAAAUCGAUAAUCGAAAUGUAUAUUGUAAUAAAACAGGUCUUACUUUGCGAAGUGCAUCAAAUCACGUGAACACCUUGAUUAAAAACAUGAAAUGAUUGGAAAAUGUCUGUUGACACUGAGUUAUCAGUACACAUGCUUUGCACAUCCUGCAAGCGACCAAAUUCUGUAUUGCAGUUUAUCAACCUGAUGUCGAUUUUGUUCCGCGAUUUUGAUUGGACUAUGCAAAGACUCGUUAGCCCAGCCAAAAUGUAAUUCCAUGAUGUCAGCCUAGGUCGGCAAGGGUGGAAACUGGACUUAGUCAGUUAACUCCCUUGCCUCAAGAAGACUGUGUGCUUAUAUGUACAGUUGUGAAGUUCCAUGCAGGAAUAAUGUGCGCUUAUUCAAGAGUCAAAGUAUCAUGUUUGAACAGUUUUGCUAGUUUAAGGUUUAAAAUACAGAAUAUAUCAGCUCACUACACUCUAGCAUUAAACAUAUAUUGGUAUUUUCCAAUUGGCAACCUAAGGUAUAUUAUGGAUCACACGUUCCACAAAUUGCAGGGAAAAUUUAUUUCAAUCAAGUUUUAAUCUGUAGAAAACGUCAUGACUGUAAAUGUGUGUAUGACCUGCAGGAAAAUGCAAAUGAAACAAAAAUGAAAGACUGACCUGCUUGACACAGCAAGUGUUACAAUGUACAGAAUUAUGUUGAUAAUUGUUCUAUGUGAUUAUAAGAAUGUUUGGGCAUUGUAAAUAUCAAAAUAAAAAUGUCUAAAUGUA